AGAGGGUGGCAGCUGCCACGUGACCUUGUGGGAGCCCUGUGGGCCGCAGAGGCUCUUCCCCGGUCCACUCCUGCCCGAUCCUCCGUGGGUGCCAGGCCCAGCCACACAGAGGGAGAGCCGCCGACCCGCUGGCCCUUUGCAAGCAGCCACGCUCCAUGGGGGUGCCAGGGGGAGACACAGUGUCGCAGCCCCAGGCUGCUCCCAGCCCGCUGGAGAAGUCGCCCAGCACGGCGAUCCUGUGCAACACAUGUGGAAAUGUGUGCAAGGGCGAGGUGCUGCGGGUGCAGGACAAGUACUUCCACAUCAAGUGCUUCGUCUGUAAAGCAUGUGGCUGCGACCUGGCCGAGGGCGGCUUCUUCGUGCGGCAGGGCGAGUACAUCUGCACGCUGGACUAUCAGAGGCUCUACGGCACCCGCUGCUUCAGCUGCGACCAGUUCAUUGAGGGUGAGGUGGUGUCGGCGCUGGGCAAGACCUACCACCCCGACUGCUUCGUGUGUGCCGUCUGCCGGCUGCCCUUCCCCCCCGGGGACCGAGUGACCUUCAACGGGAAGGAAUGCAUGUGCCAGAAGUGUUCCCUGCCCGUAUCGGUGGGCAGCAGCGCGCACCUGUCCCAGGGCCUCCGAAGUUGUGGGGGCUGCGGCACAGAAAUCAAGAAUGGCCAGGCCCUGGUAGCCUUGGACAAGCACUGGCACUUGGGCUGUUUUAAGUGCAAGAGCUGUGGGAAGCUCCUGAACGCCGAGUACAUCAGCAAGGAUGGGCUGCCCUACUGCGAAGCCGACUACCAUGCCAAGUUCGGCAUCCGCUGUGACAGCUGUGAGAAAUAUAUCACGGGGCGCGUGCUGGAGGCCGGAGAGAAGCACUACCACCCUUCCUGCGCGCUAUGUGUCAGGUGCGGCCAGAUGUUUGCAGAAGGCGAAGAGAUGUAUCUUCAAGGUUCCUCCAUCUGGCAUCCGGCGUGUCGACAAGCAGCCAGAACUGAAGACAGAAACAAGGAAACCAGAACUUCCUCAGAGAGUAUCAUUUCUGUCCCUGCUUCCAGCACCUCAGGGUCUCCGAGCCGUGUGAUUUAUGCCAAGCUUGGUGGUGAGAUCCUGGACUACAGGGACUUGGCAGCCCUUCCUAAAAGUAAGGCCAUCUAUGACAUCGACCGCCCCGACAUGAUCUCCUACUCACCCUACAUCAGCCACUCUGCAGGGGACAGGCAGAGCUACGGCGAGUCCCCUCAGUUGCUCUCGCCAACGCCGACCGAGGGGGAUCAGGAUGACCGGUCCUACAAGCAGUGCCGGACCUCCAGCCCAAGCUCCACUGGGUCGGUCAGCCUCGGGCGCUACACUCCGACCUCACGGUCACCACAGCACUACAGCCGUCCAGCUGCCAGGCGAUCGGAUGCGGAGGAUGGAAGCUUGGACCAGGAUAACAGGAAGCAGAAGAGCAGCUGGCUGAUGCUCAAGGGGGAUGCAGACACAAGGACCAAUUCUCCAGACCUGGACACCCAGUCCUUGUCCCACAGCAGUGGGACCGACAGAGACCCUCUCCAAAGGAUGGCAGGGGACAGCUUUCACUCACGUGAGUGGUUCUUUUGAAGAAGGAGCUGCGAUGUGCACAAAAUGCCUCACGGCAAAGGGGCCCCAGAACUCAGAGCUAUCCCCCCACAUCUAAGCCUUGCCUGUUAAAAAGCAUGAAAGCAAAGCCCACAAAUCUAAGGACCGACCGGAAGGAAAUAUGGGGCUUUUGCAGUUUGCCGGCUUCCCAAGAACUGUCCCUGAGCCAGUGUGCUAACGAGGGCCACGCCUGCAUGUCCCCUCACAGAUUUCCAAGGUGUGGAAGAAUGCAGAAACCCAGACCUGUUCCUGGGCUGUUUAGGAGAAAGGCGUCCGGGCUGCAGGGUGGAAGUCAGGGCCUGUUCCCUCCAGAGCAGACAUGGGCAUGGUCCGGCUGAUGAGUGCAGACUUGGAGUUGGUGAUGGGCACCAUCCCUGUCCCCUGUGACUCAUCCUGAACGAGGCACAGCCUCAGGCUUCAUAGAGAGACAGUGAUGGUGUCUGCCUGACCCUAGGGGUGUUUUGAAGACUGAAUCAGGAGUGAUUUUCAAAUGUAGAGAAAACUCCAGAUAAUGCUGUUUGCUUCCGGCCGCUGUAAAUCAUAGGUGAAAACCAGUAGCAAGUGCUCACUCAGUGCCUCCCAGAAGCGGUCUGUGGGUCUCAGCUGGGCUGGGGGCAGUUUUCAAUGGGCAAGGCUUGGGCUUAGCUUGGAAGCUGGGGCUGGGAGAGGAUGGAUAGGGGUGUGAGAGCAGAAGAAGGACCUGGCUUUGCAGUGAGGCAGUCCCAAGUUCAAAUCUGAGCUCACCACUGACCUGUCGUGUGAUGGGCGCCAGGUGUUAGGAGACUGGAACUGGGUAUGUGUGUGGCAUUCGGCCGGCCAUAGUAGCUGCUCAGUAAACAGAAACUGUUUCUCAUCCUCAUCCUCAUCCUCAUGCCUGCAAACUGUAAACCGUCUUACUUCACAAUGAAAGUAGAAAAGUGUUUCAAUGUGACAGGAAAGAGUGAAGACACAGAAGCUUGGAAAUGAUGAUGUGUUAAAGAAUCACUUUAAACAAAGAAAGGUGUGUUGCUUGUGUAUGAUCUCUGUAAGCAGGUGUCUGUGCACCCCUCGGGCCUCUGCCCCCGCCUGGGAUGCAGCUUUGUAAAUACCAGGAUCCCAGCAUUCAGGCACAAGGCUGAUGUCACCAUGGGAAAGCCACCCCCCCAAAAAAUCCCCCAAAGGGAGAGGGGUUCACCCCAGAUGGCAGCGUGCUCCUUCCGGAGGAACUGCCCACCUCAUCUGCAGGCAGGGCAAGGGGGCUAUGGGGCUGGUCCACGUGCGCCUGCCUGUGCCCCCGUGGGCAGCUGCAUGCCAGUCCUCCGGUCCCUCUCUCUCGGAUCCCAGGAAUCCCUGCCCCCGGCUGGUGCAGCACCUGCCUGCGGGCCAGGGAACAUUGGCCUGGCUCAUGGCCCCUCUGCCCUGCACUCACGUGUCAGAUGCCGUUGUGUUUAGAGGAGAGCUCCUCUUGCACCAGCUCGGCAGCUUCCCCAGCACCCUCCCCACCUUGCUCAGUGUCCCGGCAUCAAGGCAUUUGCCCUGGGAACCAGGAAAUCAGUGUUUAGGGAUCUCAAGGUGGCAUCGUUCAGUGUUCAGUUCUUCCCUUGCCAGGUGGCCGGCAGAACUCUGCAAGGCUGGGGCCAUACUGAUGACCUCCCCGAUUUGAUGACCUCCCCACAGACUCUUCAGGGAGGCCAACUACUGUCCCCAGAAUUCCUACUGACGUUUGUGGCCUGCCUGUGGCUCAGGACUAAGAGAGGAGGGGGGGUGCUGUGUGGGAGAAGCCAGACUAGAGACGGGCUGCCCCCUGUGACCCCCGUGCCCCUGAUACUCUGUGUGACCUGCACUUGUGGCCUUCACCUCGUGCACUGCUUCCUCGUUUGAAAAUGCCAGAAUGCAGGUGCCCUGGAGUUGCCCCAGGAGCACACGAGCCUGGCGGGUGGCCAGCCUUGCGAGGCCCAGAGGCCAUGUCAGGUGUGUGGAUGUCAGGUGGUCACUCAGCGGCAAGGGCAUGUGUGCCAGCCCCACCCCUUGUCGUCACAUUCUUCUCCCAGGUUGCCUGUGCAGAUGCACGCAGGCUGCGGCUGCCUCCAUCCUGGCAUGCUGGGUCUGCAGGACUCCAAUGGCCCGUGCUGCACUCAUGAAUUCCCCGGGGAGAUUCUGCUCCAGCACAGACAUAUGUGUCCUUCCCCUGGCCGUGCCUGCUUAUGAAGAUGUGGCUAUGAUGCUGUCCUUCCUUUGCUUUCUCCUGGUGUGCUAACAUCCACUUCCUCUGAGCAGGAAACCCGCUGUGUCUAACCAUUCUGAUUGUGCCUUUACUUCUGUCCCGAUGGCAUUGCCUUGUUUCCCGAUUUGCAUGGAAAUGGCAGUGAGGACCCAGGCUGCCGGCUGUGCCUGGAUCAGGUGAGCCUUGCCGUCUGCGGCCUCCUGAGGAAUCCAGGCGGGAAGGGGAGCACACGGAGAUUGAUAGCCAGCCACCCUUUUUUUUCUCUCGGGGUUCUUUUGAUUGUCACCAAGUAGCCCCCAGACCUGAGUCCGUGGGCACCACUUCCAUUUGCACACAGCUUUUACUGAACAAAGCAUUUGCACACAGCAAGGCACGCCACCUGCACCCCGGGACGUCCAUCUGUAGCGCGCCCAAGGAAGGUAGGAUUGUGACACCCAACACAGUGGGCACUCAAUAAAUGUCUGUUGAAUUGAAAUGCGUUACAUUCAACGGGUAUUUAUUGAGCACCCACUCUGUGCCAGACGCUGAGCGGGGCGCCGAGGGGGACAGAGAAGACGAGAGCAGCCCCUGACCUGGAGAAGCAAGCGUGCAGGGAGCUGAGAGAGGCAGAGACGCCGACAGAGCGAGCGCACGCGCAUCCCGCCGCCGCCUGCCCGCCGGGCACCUCUUUGGCUUCGCAAGGGCCCGAUCACAAACUCAUCUCACCCACAACACCAUCUGCACAUCUCACCCGGGACUGAGUUCAUCAUUCAGUCAUUCAUCCAUCCCUCCACCAAAUACUUACUGAGCACCUACUAUGUGCUGGACAUGGUGCUAGGCAGUGGUGAGCAUGGCCCAGUCCCCGUUCCCCAGCAGGGAAGCCAGAGGACUUUAUGGCAGUGACAAACCCGGGAGCCAUCCCCAUCCCGUUAGUUCCCAGCAGGCAUUGCCACCCCUCCAAAGAGGGCGUCAUAGUGAAAUCUAUAUUUUAUUAUUGACUGCUUUUCUGUUCCUGUUUAUAUUACACAUAGGGCAUUAUCUGGACUAUGUGCAGAGUAGUUUAUAUUAUCAGUACACCUGAUUUCUGCACAGGAAGGGAGGCUAUUGAUUUUAUGUUAUAGGAAGUUUUCUAGGACAAGACUCGCUGCCUUGGGGGAGGAACAUAAGGUGGUGUGGACUCCGUGUCCCCGGCAGUAGGGCCUGCUGCUUCUUGGGGUCCCACAUUCCUAGCCCCUUGAGGCCCCAUCCUCUCUUGUGAGGUCUCUCACGUCCCACCCUCGAAGGUCAGAGGCAUGUCAGCAUAAUACAAACCCCCUGGGCAGCUCGAGGCACUGCCCAGAGGACUCAGUGGCCCCUAGAAAGGACCCAGCACUUCCGAAGGGAAUAAGACCCUUUCCUCCAAUCCCAGCACAUGAGGCAUGUGUGAGAGGUGGGAUAGUGGGAGCCAAGGGUAGUCUGGCCAGGUGGGAGUGGGGGUGAGGAAAGCUCUGAAUUAACUGCUGCAGCAGCACAGGGGAGGCCCCAGUUGGGGGCACUUCACCCCCAACCUGCCUGUGGCUUGGCAUUUUCUGUCACCUUCUGUGUGUCCUCUCGCUGUGGGACUGGGUGGAGUCCCGUGUCUGGUGGGACGUGCUUGUCUCUGCUUGUCUCUCCACUGCCUGGUCUCGGAGCCCGUUGGGAGGGAGGGUUAGGAGACAGCGACCCUGCUGCAGCUUUUCUGUUCCUGGCAGCAGAAGGGAAGGCAGUGGGUGGGGACCAGGGCAGAGGUGGUCUUCCUCCUUUCCCCUUUUACUCCUCUGGAGCUGCAAGAUGGGGCAGAGGAGUUCUUCUCGCGUUCCUUAGUCCGUGGUCGAAGGAGGAGCCUCCCUGACGUGCUACUGUCAAUCUCAUGAGGAUAUCUGGUGGGACGGGCAGGGCACCUGGCCUCAGGCUUAGAGACGUGAGACCCCCUAGGUGUGGAAUAUGCAGACAUCAGAACUGGAAGAAGAGGGCCAGGCACAGUGGCUCACGCCUGUAAUCCCAGCACUUUGGGAGGCCGAGGCGGGCAGAUCACCUGAGGUCAGGAGUUCGAGACCAGCCUGACCAACAUGGUGAAACCCCAUAUCUACUAAACACAAAAAAUCAGCCAGGCAUGGUGGAGGAUGCCUGUAAUCUCAGCUACUUGGGAGGCUGAGGCAGGAGAAUCGCUUGAUCCCAGGAGGCAGAGGUUGCAGUAAGCCGAGAUUGCACCAUUUCACUCCAGCCUGGGUGACAGAGCGAGACUCCAUCUCCAAAAAAAAAAAAAAAGAAAAGAAAACUGGAAGAAGAGCGUAGUGGUCCAGAGACAGUGGGUGGGAGCUGCCAGUCAACAGAUGCAGGCAGUCCCCAACUUCUGACAUGGGACUGUGUGACUUUCUGCUGGCGUGAAAGCGAUGUAUAUUGGAUAGCGAACCACAGUACCCACACACCCUCCAGUAUCCACGCACCCAUUCUGUUUCUCACUCUCAGUGCAGCAUUCAGCGAAUGACACAAGAUGGCCAGCCCUCUAUGAUGCACCAGGCUGUGUGCUAGAUGACUCUGCCUGGCCGAAGGCUAAUGCAGGUUUCUGAGCAUGUUUAAGGCAGGCUGGGCUAAGCCAUGGUGUUUGCUAGGUUAGGUGCAUUCAAUGCGUUUUUGACUUUUGAUCUUCUCAUCUUACUGGGUUUAUGGGAUAUGAUGAGCCCGUGGUAAGCCAAGGGGCAUCUCUCUGUAUUUCAUGAGUGCUUGGUGUGUUCUGGUGCUGUCCUGGGUGCUGGGGACAGAGCAGAGGCCAAAACAGACAAAGUUCCCUGUCUGGGGAGCCGACAUUCUACUAGGGGCUGGGAGACAGAGAGAAACAAGCUGAAAGCGAGUUAUAUCAGUGCCCUGUGCUAAGAGGGCUUGAGAGGGGGCUGGGGGAAGGGUGCACUUUCAAAUACAGUAAGUAGUCAGGGCAGAGAUGGUACCUGGCACGGCUUGAAGUGGGUGUACGCUUGAAUAGGGCCGGUAUAUGGGGGACAGCAUUCCACCUUGCCCAGGGCGGAGGCCGGGCCGUGGGUUGGAAGAACAGUGAGGGCCAUGCGUCAGGUCACAGAGCAGUUUGUGUGCCCUUGGGAGGACCCAAGCCUGGCCUGACUCAGGAUUUAAGCAGCACAGACAGCCUGUAGACAGGUCUGGAGGCAGGAGCAGGGCGGCCUUGGGAAACCGAGACGGUGAGGGUGGCGGAGGUGGGACUCAGCAGAAGCUGGUGGAAGCAGGCCGAGGUCCAAUCAGGAAAGGUCUGGAGCGCAGUGCCAGGGAGGGGAACGUCAGCACGAUAUGAGCGUGACAGGAGAUGUUGCAUUUUCCGUGUUUAAAACAUCAGAAGGCAGCUGCGUAGACGGUGGACUGGAGGCUGCCCAGUCAGGGCGAGAGGAAAAGGGCCCCCACAAAAGCAGUGGGGGGCCCUGGAAGGAUCUCACUGGCAGGGCCCACAUGGUGGUAGCUCAGGAACCACUGGCUGCGGGGGUGAUGGAAUCAAAGAAGACACUGGGUUGGCUCUGGUGCAGGCCGGCAGAGGCCACCUUUAUUCAGAGAUGGGAUGAGAACAGGUGGGUGUCUUCAUGUUGGCUUGGAGAGCCUGAGACAUCCGGGGGGUUGCCAGGGGGCAGACGGAGCUCAGAGGAGAGGUCCAGGCUGGAGGCAGAGACUGAGGGUCCCCGGCUCCCAGAUGGGACUGGAACCGUGGGAGUUGGUAGCCCCAGCCACUCCAACUGUGAGUACGUGGCUGUGUCCUGAGUUUGUGUUCCUUUCUCAAGAGGGUCUGAGACUCAAAUCAGGUGUGAUCUCCUGCCUGGCCCCCAGCCUACUCUUUGUCAGUGUCCUCCCAUCUCCCCAUCUCAGCAAAAUGCUGGGAGGAGAGAGAGAAAGCAAGAAAAAGAGAGAGAGAGCACGCACAUGUGUGUGCUGACGAGCGGGCAGGUGGGAAGGUGCCAUCGGGGGGCAGGAGAUUCCACAGAGGAAGUGGGGAGGAGCGCCCAGGAGGGAGAAAGCCAGGAGAGGGAGUGGGCCAGGGAAGUGGGGAAGGGGGCAGCCAGCAGGGCUGAUCCUGCAGAAAGGGCGUGGAGGGACAGCCCAGGGAGAGCUGGGGGCUCAGGCGUGGCCACCUUGUCAUCCAGCUAGUGGCUGGAGGGUCCCUCUGUACAGAGGCUGUUAGGGAGGAGUGGCCAGCUGGGGCCACAGUGAUGACUUUCUGGAAGGCCUGGCCUCCUGCUGGGCAGGCAGGGUGCUCUCUGAGCCCCCAGAGAGAGCAGAGGGAGCUCCAGAGGUCAGGGAGAGGACCCCAGCCCAGGAGAAGAUGCUGUGGCUGGUACAUCAUCCAGAGGACGGUGGCCCCAGGCAGAGCAUGCUGGGCUCUGGAGCCCCAGGGAGCAGCCGCUGCCGUUGGGUUGCCUGGAGACUACCCUUCAGCCAGAAUCCCCACACCUCCCCCUGCCCAGCAGGCUUAUCCACGCCUAGGGACUGGACAGGGUGUGGCCUCCCAGUUCUGCGGGUAGCAGCACAGGCCCUGGGUGGCACCCCGUGUCCCUCUGAGAGCUCAUGUUGUCUCAUAGCCACAGCCCCAGGGCCUCCUCUGUCCUCCUCCGAUGCUGCCUGGGCCCCCACACCGGAAGCUCUGCCUCCCCUCCCCAGUCCAGCUGAACCAGCGUUUCGUUCACCGCUGCUCAGGGAUGAGGGGUGCCCGUCUUCCUCAGAUGGACACACCAAGGCUCAGAGAGGGGACCCGAACCUGUGCAGUGCCACAGCCUCCAAACCUCCUGCCCGUGCACCCAGGAGUGGAUGGGAACUGCCCAAGCGAGUGGCUCACGGGUCAGGUGCCCACAAAGCAGACCCGGACGCUGUGUGAGCCACAGUCCUCUGCCCAUAAGGUGCCCGGCCUUGAAUGUCCAGCGGUGACUUUGACCUCUGAUGAGCCAGCCUGGAAGAGGACAGACCCGCAGAGAACAGGCUCAGGGCCCUGGAGCACGGAUCUGUCACCUGUGUGCUUUUCUCCCCAUGGACUCUUAGUGCCUGGGAGCAGCGUGAGAGUCUGGUGCCUCCCGUUCCCAGGCAGCAGCCUCGUCAUCCAUGCUUGUGAUUAGCCACAUCUUCCCAAAGCCUCCGGGGACAGCUCCCUGAGCAGCAGCCUUCCUUCCUGGGACCCAGCAUUCAUUCUGUGGGGUGGGGGACAUGAAGGUGGCUACCCAGAAUACAAAGCGGCAGAACUGUCCAGAAGAGCACCUGAGGGGGCCCCAGAGAGUGCUGCCUGAGUGUGCUGCUCCACCCACAAUUCAAUCCCAGCCCGUCCCUUGCUGUGUGACCUUGUGCACAAGAGAAACCUCUCUGAGUUUGAAGUUCCCUCAUCUGUAAGAACAGGGAUGAUCCAGUCCUGCCAGGGAGCAUGUGGGGGUUGAGGAGCUUGCACGUGAGCACACGGGGAUCCUGUGGCCUGACUCUGAGGGUUGUUGAGGCUCAGCAUCUCGAGUCUACAAGCCAGGCCAUGGCAAGCCCUCUGUGGACAUCUUGGGCCCAUCUCACUUGCUUCUGAAGUCUGCAGCUCAGACCAGCCAAGGGGCCUCUCAUUCACCACUGCUCAGGGAUGAAGGGUGCCCCCCUUCCUCAGAUGGAGACACCAAGACUCAGAGAGGGGACCUGAACCCGUGCAGUGCCACAGCCUCCAAGCCUCCUGCCCGUGCACCCAGGAGCGGAUGGGAACUGCCCAAGUGAGUGGUUCAUGGGUCAGGUGUCCACAAAGCAGACCCGGAUGCUGUGUGAGCCACAGUCCUCUGCCCACAAGGUGCCCGGCCUUGAAUGUCCAGCGGUGACUUUGACCUCUGAUGAGCCAGCCUGGAAGAGGACAGACCUGUGGAGAAGAGGCUCAGGGCCCCAAGAGCAGGCCUGGUGGGGUGCUGAGGGCAAGGUGGCUAUGGCAGUCUUCAUGGAGGGGAGGCGGCUGGGAGCCUGGUUUGGCUGAGCUUGGGCAUGGAGUGGGUAGGCCUCUGGUGCCUGCAGAGCCUCAUGUAACUGGCAUCAGGACUACCCAGUUGCCGCCAUGCUCCUGGCCCCCUACCUGCCUUCUCCCUGUGGGUCUCUCUCUGUACUACACACACCCCGCCUCUUGAAGGCUGUCUGCUUCCAUCUGACAUGCAUUAGACCCACAUGCCUGCAAACCCACACCAGGGCACACUGGCUUGGGAGCAGAUAGGGUUACUGGUUCCUGAAGCUAGGGAGCCCUCCUCAUCUCAGCCUCUCUAGUUAGUAACUGUUUGACCUUGAACAGAUCGCUUGAUAUCAUUAGGUCUCAGCUUCCUCAUCUGUAAAAUGGGUUCAUGUUUAGUGUGUAGGCUGGUGAGAGUCAAGUGAAAUCUCUGAAUAUGUAAAGGGACUUUUUAAACCAGUGAUUCUUGGCCAGGCGCAGUGGCUCACCCCUGUAAUCUCAGCAUUUUUGGAGGCCGAGGCAGGCAGAUCACCUGAGGUCGGGAGUUCGAGAUAGCCUGACCAACAUGGAGAAACCUUGUCUCUACUAAAAAUACAAAAUUAGCUGGGCGUAGUGGUACAUGCCUGUAAUCCCAGCUACUCAGGAGGCUGAGGCAGGAGAAUCGCUUGAACCCAGGAGGUUGCAGUGAGCCAAGAUCACGCCAUUGUACUCCAGCCCGGGGAACAAGAACAAAACUCCGUCUCAAAAAAUAAAAUAAAUAAACCAGUGAUUCUCAGCGCUGGUUGUGCACAGCAUCCCUGGGACCUUUAAAAUCUACAGGUUGCUGGUCCACCCCAACAGAGACCAACUUCAGGAGUCCAGACAGCAGUCCAGGGGGUGAGAUAGUGUCGCCUCGUCUCUCCCUGCUCUUCUCUGCUACAUACAGCUAAACGGACCUGGAAAUGAUACGGCAGACGGUUGGUCACAGGACAACUCUAAAGGUGGGAACAGCAAAGUGGCCUGGCGAGGAAGCCUCGGGACCUCAAGGGACAGCAGCCCUGCAUGCCCACUCCCACCCCCACCCAGCGGCAGGAGGUGGCCCAGGCCAGCAGACUCCCAGCCUCCCAUGCAGUGGCAGGAGGUGGCCCAGACCUGCAGACUCCCAGCCUCCCAUGUGGUGGCAAAAGGUGACGAGGCAGGUGUUUUCCUCCUGCAGCCACACUAGCAGAUGGGCAGGUGGCCAGCAGGCACCCCGCAGUCCUGGGAGUGAACCCAGGGGCAUGGUCUCCACCCAUGGCAGGCAUCUCCCACCCCCACCCAGCGACACAGGACGCCCCAAGAAGGGCAUUUUAUCCCCACAGGCAGCACCGGCAGGGACCCGGGUGGUCAGACUGGCAGCUCCAGGUGAAUUUAGCAGACCAGAAUAGCACUUUAGCAAGCAUUCUGAAAAGCAAAUUGUCAUUGGAACCGUAGCCUCCAAAAGAACAGGCUGUACACGCGAAACCUAAACAGGGUGACAGCCUGCUCAAAUAGAGGAUUUAACACUUAACAAGAUCAGUCUUCUAACAUAAUAUCCAAAAUGCCCAGGAUACUGCAGAAAAAUUACCCGUCACACCAAGAACACCGAAGAUCAAUGAUUUGAAUGAAAAAAGACAGCAGAAGGCCCGGCGCAGUGGCUCACACCUGUAAUCCCAGCACUUUGGGAGGCCGAGGAGGACGGAUCAGAUCACCUGAGAUCAGGAGUUCAAGACGAGCCCAAUCAACAUGGAGAAACCCCAUCUCUACUAAAAAUACAAAAUUAGCCGGGCAUGGUGGCACAUUCCUGUAAUCCCAGCUACUAGGGAGGGUGAGGCAGGAGAGUCACUUGAACCUGGGAGGCGGAGGUUGUGGUGAGCCGAGAUGGUGCCAUUGCACUCCAGCCUGGGCAACAAGAGUGAAACUCCGUCUCAAAAAAAAAGAAAAAAAGAAAAAAAAGACAGCAGAUACUAACACUGAGAAGAAUCAGAUGGUGGAAUUGUCUGACAAGGAUUUUAAGGCAUUUAUCACUAAAACAUGCUUCAACAAGCAAUUACAAAUAGUUUAGAAACAGUAGCUGAUGAGGGGGUCUCAGGACUCGGGGAAAUACGCAGCAACCCCACAUCUCCCACCCAGCAGCAGCAGGAGACCCGGGCCUGGAGUCUAGAACACGCAAUUGCAGAUACUUUUGAAACUGAAAAGGAAGCCUCACCAAAGAAAUAUAAGCUAUAUGAAAAUGGAAAUUAUAGAACUGAAAAAAUAACCAAAAUUAAAAAUUUGACAGGAGAGAAUCCAUGAACUUGAAGACAGAGCAGAAAUUAUCCUACAUGAACAAAAGAGAAAAUAGGGGGGAAAAUUAACAGAGCCUCAGGGACCUGUGGGACAAUAUUUGUUUCAUUCAGUUCCUAGGAAGAGAGGAGGAAGAAAAUGGAUUUGAAAAACUAUUCAAAGAAAUAAUAGCGGCCGGGCGCAGUGGCUCAUGCCUGUAAUCCCAGCACUUUAGGAGGCCAAGGUGGGCGGAUCACGAGGUCAAGAGAUCGAGACCAUCGUGGCCAACAUGGUGAAACCCUGUCUCUACUAAAAACACAAAAAUUAGCUGGACAUGAUGGCGUGCACCCGUAGUCUCAGUUACUUGGGAGGCUGAGGCAGGAGAAUCGCUUGAACCUGGGAGACGGAGGUUGCAGUGAGCCAAGAUUGUGCCACUGUGCUCCAGCCUGGGCAACAGAGCAAGACUCCGUCUCAAAAAAAUAAAUAAAUAUGUAAAAAAUAAUGUCUGAAAACCUAACAAUUUUGGCAAAAGAAAGACAUAAACCUACAAGUUCCAGAAACCAAGUGAGUCCCAAAGAAAGAGGAUAAACCCCAAAAAUCUGCACCAAGACACAUCAUAAUUAAAUUUCUGAAAAUUAAGGACAAAGAAAAAAAUGUUGAAAGCAACCAGAGAGAAAAAACAGAGGGGAAACACCAAUUCAAGUGAUAGCAGAUUUCUCAUCAGAAACCAGAGGCCAGCAGGAAGUGUCCUGACGUCUUUCACGUGCUGAAAGAGCAGAACUGUCUGCAUGAAUCCUGUGUUCAGUGAAAUAUCCUGCAGACCUACCCGUAAGGAAUCUUCUCCAAACAGAAAGGAAAUGAUAAUAGAAGAAGGCUUGGAACUUCAGAAAGGAAAGAAGAACGUCGGAAUAGGUAAAACCGGGGACAAAGCAUAAUAGCCCUCUUCUUGGAAAGAAUCAUAUUCUUAUAUCACAUUGGAUGGUUGAAGCAGAAUUUCUAGCACCAUCUGAUACGGGUGCUCAGGGGAAACAGAAGACGUCCCUGAGACUAUCGUAGUCAAAGUGGGGAGCAUAAAAUGGCCUUCGCGGAAGCAAGGUUUCCACCUGCGUGUGAAGUGGUUAAAAGUCGAGACCGGUCGGCGGCAGCCUGGGCACUGGGAACCUGGCACGCUGUCCAGGUGACUCCAGGGGCAGGCAGGUAGAGGCCUUCGGGCUUAAGAGGGGUGCAGGACACCACCAAGGGUGUUCUCUGUUCUCGAGGCGGUAGGCCAGUGUGCAUCGGAAUGGUCCAGAAGCCUUGUAAAAACACAGAUCCCUGGACCCCAGCCCCAGAAUUCUGACACAGGAGGUCUAGGGUAGGGCCCACUAAUUUGCAUUUCUGGCGAGUUCCCUGGCAAGGUUGGGGCUGCUGGCUGGGGAUGCCAGUUUGAGAACCACCCCUCUAGCACCUUUGCUGAUAAGGAGCUCCCGCUGCAGCUGGAGGGGCCCUUGGGCUCCCAGAGCAUGCCCGGCUCUGGGCAUGAAAGAGGAGGAAGGUGUCUCCUGGAGGACCCCAGGACUGCAAGGCAGGAGGCCUCGUCUGGCGUCCUGGGGCUGCCGCUACCUGGCUGAGUGACCUCAGGCAGGUUCCUGCACGUCUCGGGGCCCUGACUCUCCUUCUGUGACAUGAGAAGAGCUGGCUAGGCCAUUUACUUGGGGGUGCCGAGGAGGGGCUGGGAGGGGGAGGAAUAGCCCGAAGGUCUGGCCCCCGACCCCCGCCCCUCUCACAUGUCUGUCUUCCCAGCUCCUCAUUUGCCUGUUUUGCAUAUCGGGGUUCACAUAAAAGCUCACGCGUCGAGGGAGUUCCUCCGCUAGGAGAAGUUUGAGGACCUUGAUCUUGAUGUUUAAAACACCUUCCUGACCCCCAUGUGGAACCUUUCCACUGGCUACCCUGUUGCAAACAAGUCCCCAGCUGAGGCUCCUCCCACAGGCUUCUCUGUGUCCCCAUGUGACCUUCAUGGAAUUUCUUCUCUGUCCUCAUUGAGUCCAUGAGGAACCCCCAAAUGAAAGGCCCCCGGAGAAGCAUCUUUUGCUCAGAAGUGAGGUCCCCGGAGAGAGCGGGUGGGCAGUUCUGUGCACAGAACCUGCCUUGCCCCUGGAGGCAUGGUCCUUGCUACAGACAUGCGGCCUUGUGAGCCACCUUCCCCUCGGAGGCCUCGUGGGCAGCUUGGAAGCUCCCAGGAGUGAAUGUGGGCAUCUGGCCCUGUACCUGGCCGAUCUCCGCCACCAGGGCCCAGUACUGGGGUGACACCCCCAGAUGAGGCAGGUGUGAGCCAUGCUCUUUAAGGCCCCAUAGGCUAGUGGAAAGACAGACAGUUUAGGGACCCAGGACAGGUCUUUUAAGGAUGCUUCCCUGGGUGUGGAGGGUCCUGCCCCUCCAGGGUCCAGGCUCUGCCCCUUCCUUUCCAGAAUGCAACCACACCACCUCUGAGCCAGGCAGGCGUUCACUUCCCCCCUGCUCUCCCAUCACGUGGUAUUGCAGAGGUUACUUCGGAGGUCUCAAACUCCCAGCAAGCUCCCAGGCCCACCCAGGGCCAGCCAGGGACAUGAGUGAUGGAGGGAGCUCGGUGGGGGCUGGGAAAGGCUGCCCCCUCCUGACAGCCCCAGCGAGCCUUGCCCCACAGGGAAUCCAGAGUUCAUUGUCUCAGACCAGCCCUCUAUUAUUUCAUGAGAAGCUAGAAAUUAGGAUUUUAAUAUGAAGCCCCCCAAUUGCAAGCAACUCAGGAUUUUAUUUAUUUAUUUUUUUAGAGACAGGAUCUCACUCUGUCUCCCAGGCUGCAGUGCAGUGGUGUGAGCAUAGCUCACUGCAGCCUCGAACUCCUGGGCUCAAGGGAUCCUCCCACCUCAGCCUCCCAAAUAGCUGGGACCACAGGCAUGCACCACCACAGGCUGGCUAAUUGCUUUUUGUAGGGGUGGUCUUGCUAUGUUGCCCAGGAUGGUCUUGAACUCCUGGCCUCAAGUGAUUUUCCCACCUUGGCCUCCCAAAGCUCUAAGAUUACAGGCAUGAGCCAACACGCCCAGCCAAGAAGUUUAUUAAAAUAAGAUUGCCUCCAGGCCCCAUGUGCUUGGUCGUGGGCCUCCAUUUGCCACCUCUGGCACAGGAUGGCACAGCUCUGCUGUUCCUCUAGGGUUCCAGAGACUGCGCCCCUUCCUGAAUCUGCCCAGCUCCCCUGUCUGUAAAGUGAGGGGCUUGGCCCAGGUGCCAGGUGGUGCCCAGGCCCGAGCCUGUCCCUGAACACAGGGGCCAGCUGGGCUGAGGUUCUGUGGCAUUUCCAGUGUCACGGGCAGGCUCAGGACAUUACCCCUCGGUGGCUUCCUCCUCGGUCAGCGCCCUGGGAACAGAAGGUCACCACUGAGGCAGGGCAUGUUCCUCAGGGGGCCUCCCCUGUGUUGCUUGCCCAGCCUUGCCCACCCCGGUGGGAAGCCCCCCAGGGCUGCACCCCCGUCGUUGCACCCAGUCUGCGCGCGUGACAAAGC